ACAUUAUCCCUUGCACAUGCGCGGACUGAUCGUGUAUUUUUGCACCUAUCGUCCCCUAAAAUUGCAAAAGAGCAAUGUGGUCCUGAAGUCUGCGGUAAUUCCUUUAUUUUCGCGUUUUUACAUAAUCGUCUGGGGUGUGACAAACUAAACUUUAUUCGUUUUUGGUGUCAGGACGAACUUGACUCUGUGAACUUUGAAGCUUCUGAGGCUAACAUAGCCUGCUAGUUAGCUUAGCUUGCUAGCUGCUAACAAGGAGACACGGAAGUUAUCAACACGCCGCCAAGCAGACACAACGUUAGAAAGAAUGAUAGAGUACGACAAGGAAGAGAAGGAGCGACAACGUCAACCACUGGACGUUGUUUUUGAUAAGCGUCAAAUUGUGUUACACAGAACAGCAGGAGUGAACCUUCAGGAUGGAACAGGAGAAACCACAGCCCCCCUUUAUUAAAAAGGAAGAAGAAGAACCAGAUCCUAUUAAAGAGGAGAAUGUGGGGCCGCGACAACCCCACAUUAAAGAGGAAGAACUACACCCCCCACACUUUAAAGAGGAACAUGAGGAGCUACAUCCCCCUCUUUUUAAAGAGGAAAAGGAGGAACAGAUCAUCAGUCAGAAUGGAGAGUAUGGAGAGGUUGAUGUCCCCAAGAUUCCAUUCACUUGUGUCAUUUUGAAGAGUGAAGAUGAUGAGGUCAAAAGUGAAAGUGAGGAGAAGAGAGAGGUUGAGCCUCCAAGCAGCAGCUCAACUCAACACAUGACAACAGAAGCUGAUGGAGACCACUGUGGAGGAUCACAAGCAGACAAACUUUUAGCUCCACUAUCCGAUAGUGAUGACACGACGUCACACUCUCCUGACACCGAUAAUGAAUACUUUGAAGCUGAUACAACUUGUCACACUGACAACACACACUUUGAAUGUUCUCACUGUGGAAGAACUUUUAAUCAUUGUCGUAAUUUGAAAAGACACAUGAGGAUACACACUGGUGAGAAACCGUUCUCCUGUUCAAGCUGCGGUAAAAGUUUUACACAAAAUAAUCAUUUGAAAAGACACAUGAGAACACACACUGGUGAAAAACAUGUUGUCUGUUCAAUCUGUGAUAAAGGUUUUACACAAAAUAGUGAUUUGAAAGCACACAUGACAAUACAUACUGGUAAAAAACCUUUUUCCUGUUCAAUCUGCACUAAAGGUUUUACAGUAAAGAAUCAUUUGAAAAGACACAUGGCAACACACACUGGUGAAAAACAUUUUUCUUGUUCAAGCUGUGGUAAAUGUUUUACUGUAAAUUGUGGUUUGAAGGCACACAUGAGAAUACACACCGGCGAAAAACCUUUUUCCUGUUCAAUCUGUGCUAAAGGUUUUAUACGAAAUAGUGAUUUGAAAGAACACAUGACCAUACACACUGGUGAAAAACCCUUUUCCUGUUCAAUCUGCGCCAAAGGUUUUGUACGAAAAGAUGCGUUGAAAAGACACAUGAGAACACACACAGGUGAAAAACCGUUUUCUUGUUCAAGCUGUGGUAAAUGUUUUACACUCAAUUGUGAUCUGAAAAGACACAUGAGAACACACACUGCUGCGAAAGUGUGAGUUGCAGUCAGCAUGAUGAAAUACUUUCUUCAAAAAGUGCCAGUGUUAGAAACACAAGUGAGAACAUCAGCACCAAAUGAAACUGCAGGAUUUGAAAUAAACUGUACAAACCUUAA